AUGCGCGCAGCAAGAUACUACGGGAAAGAGGACAUCAGGAUUGAGGAUGUGGAUGAGCAGAAGUGCGGGGCGGGACAAGUCAGGGUCGCACCGGCCUUCGUAGGCAUCUGUGGUACGGAUCUUCACGAAUACCUCGGAGGACCUAAUUUCGCGCCGACGACACCGCACCCGUGUACAAACGAGACGAUUCCUAUUACCCUGGGGCAUGAGUUCUCAGGGACUGUGACUGAAGUGGGCUCGAAUAACUCGAGCUUUACGGUGGGCCAAAAUGUCGUCGUUCAACCAACAAUAUAUUGCGGCAAAUGCGAGGCGUGCAAAGCAGGCUCAGAAAACGUAUGCGAAAAUGGAGGCUUCAUCGGGCUCUCGGGAGGAGGUGGCGGUUUGAGCGAUUCAGUCGUUGUGCCUGAAGGCGCAGUAUUGAACUUGCCCACCAACGUACCGCUCGACGUCGGCGCGCUGGUGGAGCCACUGGCUGUUGCGUGGCAUGCUAUCUCAGCUGCCCCACUGACACCCGAUUCCGUUGUCAUGGUGCUAGGCGGUGGACCGAUCGGGCUGGCAAUCGUCCAAUGUCUCAAGGCACUGGGCACGAAGAAGAUCAUCGUGAGUGAGGUGUCGGGCGCGCGGCAACGCUUCGCAAGGGAAUUCGGCGCGCAUCAUGUCCUCUGCCCCAAGACAUACGAUGUUGCGAAGAUGAGCAAGGCUCUGAGUGGGAAGGAUGGACCGGAUGUGGUAUUCGAUUGCGCUGGCGUUCCCGCAAGCCUCACGACUGCUUGCACGGCGGUGCGCGCUCGAGGGACGGUCGUCAACGUCGCGAUUUGGGAGAAGGAGGUUCCGUUCAACCCGAAUAUGCUCGUGUUCCGGGAGGCGCAGUACACAGCCGUUUUGGGCUACCAAAGAAAGGACCUCGAGGCCGUCAUUGAGCAUCUAGCUGCCGGUACUCUGAAGCCCAUGAAGAUGAUUACCAGCAAGAUUAGUCUGGAGGAUCUGGUAGAAGGCGGGAUCAAAGCCCUGAUCAACGACAAGGAGAACCAUGUCAAGAUCCUGGUUGAAGUUGGAGGUAUGAGUCGCGUGGAUUCUGCCAUACACUGA